CGCCCGCGAUCCGGAUCCGAGCCCAUGGAGCCGCUGUGGGGGAACAGCAGCUGUGCGAACGGUUCUCUGGUUACUGUUUCUUGCUCUUCUCAUCGGGUCGUAUGCCAGGUGAUCAGUGACGGCAACCUGACCACCUCUGUCCAUAAGAACCUCACUUUGCACAGCAGCUGGGCAACACAAGUAGAAAGCAAAUAUGGAUUUUACAUUGGCUUGGCCCUUGCCAUCUUCUCCAGUUUCCUCAUCGGCAGCAGUGUCAUCCUCAAGAAGAAAGGGCUGCUGCGGCUGGUGGACAAAGGGAGCACCAGAGCAGGAGACGGAGGUCAUGGCUACCUUAAGGACUGGCUGUGGUGGGCUGGACUGUUAACCAUGGGUGGAGGGGAAGCUGCCAACUUUGCUGCCUAUGCGUUUGCACCUGCAACUAUCGUCACCCCCCUUGGCGCCCUGAGCGUGCUCAUAAGUGCCAUCCUAUCUUCCUAUCUGCUCGGAGAGCGGCUAAACCUGCUGGGAAAGCUAGGCUGCAUGCUGAGCAUUGUGGGUAGCACGGUGAUAGUGAUACACGCCCCAGAAGAAGAAGAGGUCACCACGCUGGCCGAAAUGGCUUCAAAACUGAAAGAGCCCGGUUUCCUCGCUUACGCUGCCAUCCUCUUAGUCACCUGCCUGAUUCUGAUCUUCUUCCUCGCACCCCGCUACGGGCAGCGCAACAUUCUCAUCUACCUCACCAUCUGCUCCGUGAUUGGUGCCUUCUCAGUGUCUUCCGUCAAAGGACUGGGGAUUGCCAUCAAGGGCUUCUUUGAUGACCAGCCUGUCCUGCAGAACCCGCUGACCUGGAUCCUCAUCCUCACGUUGGUGGCUUCCGUCACCACUCAGAUCAACUACCUCAACAAAGCUCUAGACAUUUUCAACACCUCCUUGGUAUUUCCCAUCUACUACGUGUUAUUCACCACCAUAGUCAUCACCACUUCUAUCAUCCUCUUUAAGGAGUGGGUCGCCAUGUCGGUGGUGGACAUUAUUGGGACGGUUUGUGGCUUCCUCACCAUUAUUUUGGGGGUGUUUUUACUCCAUGCCUUCAAAGACAUGGAUAUAAAUUUGGGGAACCUACCGCAUGUUCUUCAGAACAGCGACCAGGCACCAACAAUCAAGGACGACAAGAACAUUCUGAUAGAAGUGGACAAUGCUGGCAUGAUUGCCGAUGAUAAACCCAAAGUAUUCAUGAUCUACAGCUAAAGCAGUGAUAUAAAUGUUCAAGGGCAGAGGAUGCUGCUCUGAACAGGCUAAAAUGUUACUGAGAAAUUUUAAAGCAAAAGCACAGAAAGUAAAACUAAUCAUGGGGCUGACCUAAUGCUACUAGAGUCAAAUGAAAUCUUCCAGUGGGCUCUGGAGAAGGCCUGAUGUCAUAACACAAGGAAGGGGUAUAUUUUGUGUUCAUCCACAAGACAUCAACCUGAAUAGCUGCUGAAAGCGGCAACUCCCUUGAAAUAUGACAAGCUUGGAGCAAAAUUCUACUCUGGGAUCCUUGCUGAUGGCUGGUCUCUCAACAUUGUCAGUUUCUAGUGCACGAUCUGCACACUUUUUCCUAAGCAGAACUCUGGCUGAUGUGCUUACUUCAAACUGACCUCCACUGACUGACUGAUUAGUGGGUUUUGAUUUCUUUACAGCCCCUAUCCCAAGAGCUUUAGGUACUUCUACAAAACUUAAAAUACAUGGCAACAGCAAACAGAAAGGGCAGAGACCCCCCAGUGAAUAUUCUGCCCUUGCAAACCCCCUGGGCAGCUUACCCAGGCGGAUAGCAACAGCAAGUCCUGACAACCCCUUAACUCUUCCAAUCCCCGAAAGCCUGGGGGAAAAGAUGGGUUUUCAGCAUGCCAUUGGCUUGUCAGAGCAAGUUCCAUAGUAAAAGGCCCACUCCUGGAAAACACCCUCCUCUGACCCACCAACCCCCUCUUUUUGA